CGCCGCACUUCAGACAAAGCAGCGGAUCGGCGCCAGUCGCUCGAACGGAGGAUGCGCGCCGCGCUCGAGACUGGGACACUCGCUGGCCACCGCGCUGGACUUCCGCCUCUGCGAGCUGUCGGCGCUUCGGCUUUCUGAGGCUGCGCCGCCUUCGCCUUCUUCUUCUUCUUCUUCUUCUUCUGCUGCUGCUGCCGCUCCCGCUCCCGCCCGGCGGCGGCUUCCUCCUUCAACGUGUUGCUCGCUUCGCCUCCUCGCCUGGCGCCGGACAUAUUUCGGGGGCUCCUUUACCUUCGUCGCAAAGUGUGCCAAGGACCGGGAGGUUGAAGAUCAGCGUGACGGGAGGAUGUCCGGGCGGAGUUCGCCGUGAAGAAGACCUCGCCUCUCGGUUGACGCCUUCGCCUCGCUCUGCGCCCACUCCUCGACCCCCGAAACUUUCUUUGUUCCUCCCUGUCACCGAGCUGGACGGCAUGUCUGCCAAGAAGCGGCAGAGACAGGACUCGAGCUCGCCGGGAGACUCGCUCAGCAGGUCGGGCUCCACCAACGACUUCUACGACCUGACGUUUAAGGUGAUGCUGCUGGGAGACUCGGGCGUCGGGAAGACCUGCUUCCUGGUCCAGUUUAAGGAUGGCGCCUUUCUGGCUGGCAACUUCAUUGCCACCGUUGGAAUUGACUUUCGGAAUAAAGUGGUGACCGUGGACUCCGUGAAAGUGAAGUUACAGAUCUGGGACACGGCUGGGCAGGAAAGAUUUCGCAGCGUGACGCACGCCUACUACAGGGAUGCACAAGCUCUGCUUCUCCUGUAUGACAUCACCAGCAAGACGUCCUUUGACAACAUCAGGGCCUGGCUCACCGAGGUCCACGAGUACGCGCUGCAGGACGUGGUCAUCAUGUUGCUAGGAAACAAGUCCGACAUGAGCAGCGAGAGGGUCAUCAAGCAGGAAGAAGGAGAGCGGCUGGCAAAGGAGUACGGUGUCCCCUUCAUGGAGACGAGUGCCAAGACAGGUGUGAACGUCGAGCUGGCAUUCCUCGCCAUCGCCAAGGAGCUGAAGCAGCGGGCCGUCCAGCAGCCCAACGAGCCCAAAUUCCAAAUCCACGACUUCAUCGAGUCGCAGAAGAAAAAGAGCAGCUGCUGCGGCUUCAUGUAGCGGUGCCAGGGCAGCGGCAGCAGCGAAAGACUGCGGGUGUGGGGUGUGGACGGGGCACAGGUACCGGGGAGCGGAGUGGCAUGCGAGCCACCCACACAGACACGGGGUCAUUAAACUGCUUGGCAUGUGCACCUGAA